CAGGCCUGUGGGGGCAGCAAGCGAGGAAAUGCCCUCGACGGUCCCCUUGAGCAUUGGCUCUAUUCUUGGAACCCUCUCUCCUCUCAAGAACUUUUCACAUGUUCAGAAAUGCUCUCGCCUCGCCUCACACUUUCGCGGGGCUGAACGUGGGCGCUCAAACGAACUGGGGCAGCAGACGCCGAACCUGGUGCAGCCUGCCCAGACCCGUCGAGAAAAACGCCGUCGAAUCCCCCGGGCGCUCCUUUGCGCGCGACUUCCCCGUUUUUUUUGGCCGGACGGAUCCAUGGGGCAGAAAGACGAAGGGGGAAACCGCCUCAGAAUCUCUCUGAAUAAGCCACGUAAACAAAGGCUUCUCCACCUCAACCGUCGGAAACAUAACCUGACAAAUCUCUGUGGAGGCGAGGCAAGAGCAAAGUCCUCGGCCAAGGGCACUUCGGCUGCCCGGCCCUUUCCACGCACCCCCCGCCCGCUGACUUAGUACGGCCCAGUCCCGGGCAGAGGUUUCCCUUUGCCCGCGGGGGGGCGGGAGAAUCUCCCGUCGCUGCUGCUGCUCGUGGUUGUUGGUGGUGUAGGUGUUGCUGCUGCUGCUGCGGCGUCGGCGUCUCGCCAUGCCUUCGAGCCUGAGCGGGCAGAAGGCCGGGUCGUGGCCGUCCGGAGCAGCCGCCCCACGGCCAGCCGGGCCAUGAGGAGUGGGGCGGCGUUCAGUCCCUGGCGACCUCCCCAAACUUCCUGGCUGCGCUGACCCCGGGGGAUGCCUGGCAAGAGAGAGGAUGAGAAAAAGCAGGGUGCAGCGGAUGGUCCUGGCCACUUGCCUGGGCUCUUUGCUCCUGGUGAUCUUCUACUUCCAGAGCAGUCUGAACCCAGCUGCCGAGGACAGGAUUUUGAGGACCAUCUGGCAUGGGAAAGCUGGCCGAAGUCCACUUCAGACUCUUUACAACAGUGACCAGUUAGAGCUGUCUUCCCUGCAGGCUACUCACCAGCAUAGGCGGGAACUGCUGGGCAGCAUGUGCAAUCGGUACACCCGCAAGCGCCGCCUCUUGACCCCUGAGGACUUACGCCACCUGGUGGUUGAUGAUAUCCAUGGGUUGCUCUACUGCUAUGUCCCCAAGGUGGCUUGCACUAACUGGAAGCGAGUCAUGAUGGUCUUGACAGGGCAGGGAAAAUACCAGGACCCACUGGAGAUCCCAGCCAGCGAGGCGCAUGUCUCCUCCAACUUGCGCACUCUUUCCGAAUACAGCGCUUCUGAGAUCAACUACCGCUUGCGUAACUACCUCAAGUUCAUCUUUGUACGGGAACCCCUUGAGCGGCUGGUCUCUGCCUACCGCAACAAGUUCACCCGCAGCUACAACACGGCCUUCCACAAGCGCUACGGGACGAAGAUCAUUCAGCGGCAUCGUCAGGACCCCACCCACGAGGCUCUGGAACGUGGACACGAUGUACGCUUUGAGGAGUUUGUGUACUACUUGCUAGAUCCACGGACGCAGCACGAAGAGCCUUUCAAUGAACACUGGGAGAGGGUGCACUCCCUCUGCCACCCCUGCAUCAUCCACUAUGAUGUGGUGGGCAAGUAUGAGACCUUGGCCAGGGAUGCCAAUUACAUCUUGCAACUGAUUGGGGCUGACGCAGGCGUCAAGUUCCCAACCUCCUCUAAGACCACCAGGACCAACGACGACAUGACAGCGAAGUUCUUCCAGAACAUCAGCCCCUUCUACCAAAGGAGAUUAUUUAAUUUAUACAAAAUGGAUUACUUGCUCUUCAAUUAUACUGUCCCUUCUUAUCUGCGCAUCCGAUGAGACCCCCCGCCUCUUUCUCGUCAUUUCUGACUUCUGCUAUCUGCCAAUGAUAUAGAUAGGAAAUAACUUUACCCUUUCCCAAUUCCUACCUUUCUGUGAUAGACAAUGUUGCCACAGUUAGUUAACACUGUGGUGGCCACAGUACUGUCUGUUCCCUCUCCCUUAUUUCAGUCAGAAGAAUCCACUGUUCAGCCAACCUUUCUCCUGUUUCUCAACCAAAGAUUUUUAGCCCCCUAGAAAGUACUGGAAUUGUUGCCUUUCAUUAGGAGUUGGCAGAAUCACUCUGGAGCUGUCAGGAAAGCAAUAAAUGGCAUAUGUAUUUUUAUAAGAGUAUGGUUAACAUAUCCUCAAGCUUCUCCCUUCUUCAUAGAUUGAAGAAGGAGGAACAUGAGCCAGAAAUAUCUUAUUGUGAACAAUAUCAUUCUUGCAACUAGAAUUUUCUAUGAGACAAAGUCUUUCAUCUCUAUCCUGCUUUCCACCCACCACCCCUUAGUUGGCAUUUUUUGUAACAAAGCAUUUUCUUCAGACACAGGCCUCCAAUGUCUACCCACAUGCAAACUCCCUUGAAAUGAAUAGAUACUGUACUGGAAUAGUGCUUAAUAAAGUGGCCACUUGAAGUGGGGGUGGUGAACACUUAUAAGAACAUUUAUGUAUGUGACCAUACAUAAUCUCAUUAAAUAGUAUUUAAUGAGAAGCAAUAAUAUACAUAUAUAAGUUCAUGUGUAUGGUUAACAUUCCCUCAAGCCUCUUCACAAAAAUUUUAAACAGGCAAACAAACAAACAAAAAGCACCAUAACAGAUAUUGACUAUGUGAAGAUAUUAUUGAAAGUUCUGUUUUCAUGUUUCUAAUACAAUGUGGGCCUGGCCAAAUUCAGGUCCAGAAUUGUGCUCUUCGGUUUAAAAACCAGAGCAGACACAAUUGAAAAAACAUUUGGGAUUCAAAGGCUGAAAGUAUUUUGCUUUAGCACUCUGAGGAAAAACGCAGAACUCAUUUUGGAAGAGUGAGGGACGUGGACUUUCUGGGUCCUCAAAAACUGCAACAGUGCUUUUAAGAAUGGCAUCUUGCUACCAUAUCCACCUCCUCCUCUUGUUUCCCUUCAGAAAACCCACUAUUUUCUUCUUCAUUGUUUUCCUGUAUAAUCCCAGCCAGUCAUGGUGGUGAUAUCACAGUGUCAUAUAACUAAUGUUUUGCUCUGUGAGGACAUUACGAAGUGUAUUCACAGUAAGAGCUGGGCUCCCUGGAUUCACUCUGUAGGCAACCACUAUUGUUUGCAACCUUCCUGAAAAGAGAGCACUAUUUCAUUGUCAAUCAGGUACUUUUCACUGAGGAGCAAAAGCUUUUAUGUGAAGGAGUUACCAUCCAUCUUAGCUCUACUAUCAGUGUUUCAUUAUGAACAUUUUAGGUUAUUGCACUCCCUCUUUUUGUCCUGCCAAAUAUAAGUGUAAUAAAGUGGUCAUUAUACCCCCCCAUCUUAAAUGAAAUGGGUAUUUCUUAUUCCCUAUAAUCUGGGUUUUGACUAUUUCCUCUGAAUUUAUCCUUCUGAAAAAAAUUGGGGGGGGGCAUCUUAACACUUCAAAUUGUGAUUCACAGUCCACCUAUUCAAAAUCCUUUUGACUGCCUUUCCCAGCCAGCCUCUUCUCCUUAAGCAUCAAGAGGAUUCUGCUCCAGAGAACCAUCUGCUGAACUUGAGGAGAUUAACUUUUCCUUCCAAACGAUAGUUUUUGCAGCUAGAACUAGGCGACAUAUCUGGCUUCACAACAAGAGAAGAAGUAGCUCGGGAAGAGUUGACUUGGUGAGAAUGUUUAUUUUUAAAAGUGUGGAACUAUUUUUCAGGAAACAUUUGGUUGGGUAGAGAAAGCAGCACUGAUGGUGGAGUUUGUUUUGUCCUGUCAUAUAGGCUUCCCUUACAUUUAGCUUGGAAUAUGUUGUUCUGGCAUAUAAUGUUAAAAUGGUCUGCACGUCAACUUUUGCUUUCCAUCUAGAAUGGUUAUCGUCUUUUUAGGUGCCAAGUCGAUCCCCAGGGUGCUAGUUGGUCUAAUGCAAAAUCCUUUGAAAUGGAAAGAAACUGAAUACAGUGUAAAACUGGAAUGACAGCCAGCCUUAUUGAGUGAUGAGGUGGGAUUUGGAUAAGGAAGUAGAGAAAGGGAAUUAAUAAACUGUUAAAUCAUUGCCAGUGUGCCUACCUUUGGAACAUUUGUACUACUUGAAGAGACAAUCCUGGAACUGUAAAUUUCAUUCAGUCCUCUUGGACGCUUUUGCUUAAAUAAAGCAGCAUUUUUGUCCGUGC